AUGUCGCAUCAGACCGACCAAGAGGGUGGGGCCAGAUCUAGGGCUACUAAAAAGGCCGCCGCGCAAACCAAUCAAACGAAACGUGCGGUGGGGAAAAAGGCUGAGGUGGGAAAGCAGAAGCCCGGGAAGAAGGCGGAGGACAAGGGGAAGCAACCAACGGCACGCAAGCGUGGUUCGGCCGUCAGGAGCGAUGCGGAUGUUGCCACUGCUGCCCUCGAGCCCGGUCCUUCUGACGACGGCACCAUCGGCGGGAACGAAGACCCUGGGCGUGGCGGCGUGAGUGUUGCCGUCCGGUCGGGGGACAGAGAGGGCUUUGCGACUGGAGGAAAGCACGGCGACUCUCCCCGCCAAGAUCAGGCCGCAACUUCGACGUCCGUGGCAGAGGCAAAGCAGCAGCAUCUGACGCUGCCCCACCCGCCUGUGGUCGAAAUAUCUGCUACAGUGAUAGAUAAGGAGAAGGAUGCUGCGCACGAUUGCACGGAGGGGCCGAAACACGACAUUGCCGACGUAGGUGGAUCUCCUCCCUCUGGGGGACGCGGGAGGCGUAGGCAGAGGAAGAGCGGUGGUGAGGAGGAGAAUGACACCCCCGUGGCUGAGGACAUGCCCAUACGCGCGAAGAGGAGGCAGACGACAGCCAGCGGUGACGACGCCGGUGGUGCUGAAGUUAAGACAAUGCGAGGCAUCACGGCGCCAAGUGGCUUGGCGACAGAUCAUGCAAUGCGGCAUAAGGUGGGAUCCGGUCCGAGGAAACCAUCUAGCGGACGGAGAGGGAAGCAAUCUUUGGGGGGGAAUAGGCCGAAGCGCGGCAAAGAAGGCCCUGGUGAAGCGGAUGUUGAGGACGAGGGGGAUGGGGAGGAGGAGGCUGAGGAGGAUGCGGAGGAGGAGGACGAGGAUGCAGGGGAGGGAGAAAAGGACGAGGAUGAGCAGGAGGGCGACGAUGAUGAGGAGGAGGAGGAGGAGGAGGAGGAGGAGGAGGAGGAGGAGGAGGAGGAGGAUGAGGAUGAGGACGAUGAGGAGGACGAUGAGGGGGACGACGAGGAUGAGGAGCAGGAGGAGGAGGAGGAGGAUGAGGAGGAGGAGGAGGAGGAGGAGGAGGAGGAGGAGGAGGAGGAGGAGGAGGAGCAUUGGGCCACCGCCCGGGGCAGGGCGGUCUCCCCCCUCGCCGGUCCAUCGCGUGUGCAUCAACCAAGCACCUUUGCCAAUCCCUUCCCUGAGCUUCCCUUUUCCCGCCAGCAUGAUAGUGUGAGGGCACACGGUGCUGCUGCAGAAGACGUUGAUCCCCUUGGCCAGAGAGGGGUUUCUACAAACCCUUUUCCGGAUGUCAUGGAUGCGCUGGCUGAAGGUGCAGAGCACGGGCAGUUUGUUACACGAGACGAGUUCCAGCAGCUACGGUAUGAGAUGUACGCCAUGUUUGCUCAGCUCGGCCUGCGUCGGGGAGCAACUGCCAGCUAUGCCGGGGGGGCCGCAGUGGUGCCGAUGGGUGGUACCCCGCCGCCGAUGAGUGCCGUGGACAAGGCACGUGUGCUUGUGCUGCAGGAGACCAACCCAUUCCCGGUAUGUGGCGGGUUGGGGUUGACGUGGCAACCAGGGCAGGGUUGGGAAUGA